CUAUCUUUUACGUAUGUAGUAUCUUUUUUCAUUUUCUCUCAUCAAUGACAACAAUCUGGUAGAAUCGUGUCAAUUUUAUUCACGCAUAUGAAUGAAUGGCAAUUUGCAGUUCACAAUUUUUAAACGCUUAGAAACAAAGUUACAUAUAUGUUUUUGUUGCUAAUUGCUGCUAAACGGAUAUAAAUAUAUAGAUUUGCCAUUUAUUUGCGUGCCUCUAUUAUUGCUAAACAAUCAUAAAAUGGGAUCAUUGACGAGCAGACAGAAUGCUGGUGUCGAAGAAGUGGAUAUCACUUCGAAUCAUGCGUAUAAAUAUCCUCCACGAUCUGGUUCCUAUUUUGGCAGUCAUUUUAUAAUGGGUGGCGAACGAUUUGAUACACCACAACCUGAAGCGUAUCUUUUUGGGGAAAAUGCGGACUUAAAUUUCUUAGGCAGUCGACCAACUCCUUUUCCAUAUCCUCCACCACAAGCAAAUGAUCCGACAAAAACAUUAAAGAGUUUAGUGAAUAUUCGGAAGGAAUCUUUAAGGCUAAUUCGUAAUAUAGAUCAAACAUCGACGUCUUCACAGUAUCACAAUGUUAAACAUUAUGGAGAUGGUGACAUUGACAAGAAACCCAAUCGUUACAAUAUUGAAUUUGUGUUUGACUGUGAUGUGAGAUGUGCGAUAACAAUAUAUUACUUUUGUACAGAAGAAGUUUCAACAAAGGGAGUUGUAUACAUACCAAGAGAUCCAGCUAUGAAUUCUGAUACAUAUUAUUAUAAGAAAGGAGCAAAUCAAUUAUUUGCACAAGCAACACAUAUAUUUGAUCCAACAUUGUAUAUGGAAGAAGAUCUGAUAUAUAACACAGACAAAGAAAUUAUUCCAAUAGCUAUACAUUGUGUAGCAGAAGAAGGAUCCGACGAUCCCAAACAAUCUCAUACAACUAUAGCAGUGGUUGAGAAACAUUCCGAUGGAACAUAUGUGCUGAAAGCACUUAAGCAGAAACUUUAUGUGGACGGCCUUUGUUAUUUAUUACAAGAGAUCUAUGGAAUUGAAAACAAAAAUACUGAAAAUGCAAAACAACAAGGCAGUGAUGAGGACACUGAAGACAAUGGUUCCGAAUGUGUUAUUUGCAUGAGCGAAGUACGCGAUACGUUAAUUUUACCAUGCAGGCACUUGUGUUUGUGUAAUUCCUGUGCGGAUUCUUUGAGAUAUCAAGCGAACAACUGUCCGAUAUGUCGCGCGCCAUUCAGAGCGCUUUUACAAAUUAAAGCUCUUCAAAAGGCGAUUGGUACUAUUAUAUCCAAUCCACCAUUGCCAGAGGGAAGUUGCGAGAAUGUUCCAGCAGGCUAUGAAGCAGUGUCUUUGAUAGAAGCUUUAAAUGGACCUUACACUCCACGAACUGCUAUCAUUGUGCCAGAAUCUCCGGAUACACCUGACACUGAUACAGCGAGUGCUAUUCAAGCCGCGGAAACUUUAAAUCGCUCGGCCGAGCAUACUCCAAUCUCAAAACAUAUAUCCGCCAAAGAAUCUGAUUUGGCGAGAUCUAGCAGCACUACUUGUCCGACUCCCGAAUUCCGAAUGUCUGUAUUAUUGGCCAGAGAUGAACAUUCGAGUUCUCAAAAAGAACUACACAACAGAUCUCCGGCUAUGCGAACCAAAUCAGUACAUUCACGCGAUAAAUCUGGUUUACGAACACGUGAUACCUUGAGAUUGGUCAACGAGAAGCAACCAGUUUCUUUAUACGAGGGCCAAGGGCAAGAUGAAGACAGCGAAGCGGAGAAAUUAUCACCAUUAUUAGAUGCAGCUACAAGUACUGAAGCUUUAGAUGUACAUUCCCAUAGAAUAUGUGAUAUUGAUAUUGAUGACGAAAUUCAAAAUGUGGAAAAUGAAAAUGAUACAGACAUGACCUGUCACUCGCAUUAGGAGAUAGUCGAUAUAAUUUUGCAUAUGUAUUCAUACUUGUUAAAUAUUGUUUAAGGCUUUUAACCUUUUGCUGCAUCAUGUCGCAAACAAAUUUAUAUUAUUUUUUUGCUUUUAAUGUUAUAAUUCAAUAUGGUUAUAGUGAGGAGAAACCUUGCAGUUUUUAACAAUUUUGUAUCUUUUGUGUAAAGUAUAACUACAAAUCAUUUAUUUAUUUAAAUUACUUAUUGUAACCAUAUCGAAUCAUGAAGGCAUAAAUCGAAGAUCGCAUGUAAUUUAUUUCCUUUUGUUAUACAAUAUUUAUUCAACUUAAUGCGUAAAAAGAUAAAAAUACUUAUAAAAACAGU